GCCGCCCGUCACAGGCGAGGGGAUAGCGACAGUCCCGGAGCCACCGGAUCACCCGCUCACCCACCCGAUCGCUUACGUGCCACGCACCCGCCGCCCCGGGAGCGAUGAAGGCCGCCCGGAUAACCCUGCGCAGCGCCGCCCCACUGGCAGGGGCCAGUGCCGGCAGCAGCAGCGGCCGGUUGCCGCAGGAGGUGGAGCAGUUUUCCCGCUUCUCCCCGUCCCCGCUCUCCAUCAAGCAGUUGCUGGACUUUGGCUCGACUAAUGGAUGUGAGAGAACUUCUUUCUCAUUUCUGCGACAAGAGCUUCCUGUGAGGUUUGCAAACAUCCUGAAAGAAAUCGAUCUUCUUCCUGAUAAAUUACUAGGCACUCCAUCAGUAAAAUUAGUAAAAAGCUGGUACAUCCAAAGCCUAAAGGAGCUGGUUGAGUUCAAUCAGAAAAGCCCAGAUGACCAAAAAGUCUUAUCUGACUUUAUAGAUACUCUAAUUAGAGUCCGAAACAGACAUCAUGAUGUGGUUCCUACAAUGGCACAAGGAAUAAUUGAAUACAAAGACACUUUUAAAGCAGAUCCUGUCACCAAUCAUAACAUCCAGUAUUUUUUGGAUCGUUUUUACAUGAGCCGUAUUUCCACCCGGAUGCUAAUGAACCAACACACUCUUCUUUUUGAUGAUAAGUCUGGCUCGGGGCACCCAAGGCACAUUGGAAGUAUUGAUCCUUGCUGUGAUGUUGCUGAAGUAGUGAAUGAUGCUUAUGAAAGUUCCAAGAUGUUGUGUGACCAGUAUUACUUAACAUCUCCUGAACUGAAACUUACUCAAGUGAAUGGAAAAGCUCCAGGAGAACCAAUUACCAUUGUAUAUGUUCCAUCUCAUCUUUUUCACAUGCUUUUUGAGCUCUUUAAGAAUUCAAUGAGAGCAACUGUUGAAUUCCAAGAAAACAGUCCUACCCUUUCUCCGAUUGAAGUGACAGUUGUUCUAGGGAAAGAAGACCUGGCAAUCAAGAUCUCAGACCGAGGAGGUGGUGUUCCAGUAAGGAAAAUUGAGCAGCUGUUUAGCUACAUGUAUUCCACCGCCCCAAGGCCAAAUAUGGAUGAUGGUCGAAAUACCCCUCUUGCUGGCUUUGGGUAUGGCUUGCCAAUUUCUCGUCUGUAUGCUAAAUACUUUCAAGGAGAUCUAAAUCUUUACUCCAUAUGUGGUUAUGGAACAGAUGCUAUCAUCUACUUGAAGGCCUUAUCAACAGAAUCAGUAGAAAAACUCCCAGUUUUUAACAAAUCAGCUUCCAAGCAUUACCAGGCUACCUCAGAAGCAGAUGACUGGUGUGUCCCAAAGAAUGUGGCAAAACAGAGUGCAGCUUUCUGAAGAGAAGUUGGUAUCCAGACACCCAAAGGGAUCAAGCUGGCUUCAAGAGCAGCGUCUGGAAGUACUAAUCUACCUCCAAACAAGCAAGUUUCAGAACUGGCAGAGGAGAAAGAAGAUAAGAAUAUUAUAAACCUAGGCUGUAUGUGCUGGAUCUGAAACCUUGCUGUGGACUUCAGGAUGAGGAAAGUAGGAGCACAUAUGUCUUUAAAGAAGAGCUGUGUAUAGAGGAAAAUCAGGCCAUUUUUUUACUAUGAUCAAAGACUUGGUGUGGUAGAGGUGUGCAAUUUUCAAAUCCUGUUUAAUGCUUGAAUUCUGAAUACUGAUAAACAUGAGUUAUGUUGAUGCAUAUUUUUCUGUUAGAAUAGUUAUCAGCAGUUUAUCUUAUUACAGAACUUCUCAAGUAGAUAGAUAACAUCUGUACUUUAAAGCUGUAUUUAUAACAUUUGGAAAAGAUUCACUUAACAUGGCAGUCUUGUAGCAAGAUGCAAACAGCAUUCAAAUACAGCCUGACUGGAAGAGAGGGAGCCCUGGGAGGUAUGGAGAAAGUGUUUUCCCUAUAUAAAGAAGUCCCAUUUAAAGAAAAAAGGUAUUCCAGGAAUAAUUCUUCUGCGAUGCCUUGCCCUGUGAGUCAUGUUGCUAGAUACUUUAUGUUAAGCUGUUCAUGGGAAAUCAGCCAAGUAAGGCUUCUAUGCAUAAGGUAAUGAAGAAGAAAAUCAGGAUAUUUUUAAAAGCUACUGGAAAGAAAUGGAAAUAUAAACAGCUCUAAUGUUAGGGUACAUCUAGCCUACAUCCCUGUAUUCUGGAGAAUGUGUGCCAAGUAAGUCAGUUAGGAUUUUCCAAGAACUGAAGUCAGACGUGCAAGUUGAACAGAAAGGUUUUGGUGAUGUGUAUUGUAUAAGCAUGUUGUGAAAAACAGCAUGUUUAAAGCACAGUCUUGUGGUUUGUUUCUGUUGUGCUGUUAGGAGGUUAGUGGCUCAGUACACUAAACCAAAAUCUGCCAAUUGUAUUUUCCAAAUUUGUAUUCAGACCACAGCAGCUCAAAGAGGUACAUGGGGAAUCUGUAAUCUGAAAGCUGUGGUGAGCACUGAAGGUCUGUUGGAAAGGUUUUCAGGAGUGGUGUUGGAACUAUAAAAAUUUAUUCUAAGAACUGUUCAUUACAAUGGAAAUGGCUUAGGAAAUGUUUCAAAAUAUAAGCAGCACUGAAAACUACAGAACAGCUUUUAUGAACAGAAAAGUAGGGGGAAUUCCCACAGGAACAGAGCCAGUGGGAGAGAGUUGUUCCGAAAAUAUUCCAUUCUCAAUAAGCUUCUUCCUUGCCCAUCUUUGUGUGUUUUCACUUUUGUAAGCAAGGUAAACUUAACAGAUGCUAGACUAUUGGACAUUGCCAAGCUGGCCAGUCAGAAGUUCAUCAGGGCUGUAUAAUAUUACUUGAAUUUUUUACCUAAUUAUCAUAUUAUCUUACAUGAUCCUGUGCAAGAAGUUGCAAAUACAGCAAAGCAUCCUGCUCAGUAUGAUAGUUUUCUAUUAGAGAUUUCUAUUUGUUGGAUGGAAAAUCACUUCAUAUUCCACUGUGAAUCUAAAAUGGUUUUUAAUAGGAAACUACCUUUGUGUUCUAGAAGUCCUGUUGAGCUUUAUUUCUCAUUGAAAAUAAAAUAGAAUUUUGAUAUGCCUUGUUUAUUUUAAAAAAUAAUUUUAGAUGUAUUAAUGAUAACUGCUGAGUAUGAUGACUUUAGUACUGCAUCUGGGCUGUUUUUAUCCUGGUGAAUGAGGUGCAGUCACCAAAGGUCACCAGAUCGUGCAUCUGGGCUCAGCUCAGUGAAUGAAAUGACUAAUAAAAAGGAAAUAUCUUUGUCUAGAAUGUACGGGUGUGAAAAAGCUGGUCUCACUGUCAUAAAAUAAUUGAGUAUUUGUUGAUUUUUGUAUUGAAUACAAGGUCACAAACACAUACCUAGGUAGUCAUUAUUGUCAAGCAAACACAAUUUAUACCUUUCUGCCUGCACCCAGUAAUGCUUGAACCUGAGUUGUGAUCUGAUGGUACAUCUGUAACACAGCUGCAGCUGCUCCAGUUAGAGCUGUAAUUUCUGUUUCAAAGCAGCUGAGGAUGGGUGAUGGAAAAAUGUUUGUGAUGCUGCUUGCAGAGAGAAGCUGUGGAAUAUUCAUGAUGCAGGCAGAGGUUUUGUAGCACUUAAGGAAUCCACUUGAAAUCUCUGUAGUAUUACAAACUAUGUCUAUCUACCUAGAUAAUACAGCACCUUUUCCAGCACUCACUGACUUUAUUCUGGAAGUAGAGCUGUAGUUUUAAGUCUUUUACUUGGAUGUAGAUGUUGAAAUAGUUUUAUAAUAAAAUCUUUUAAAUGGU